CACACCAAAAGAGCAAAACUGUGUUAGUCAUCUUUAGUAAUUUUUGUUUAAGUCAACUAAAAACAGUUUGACCGCACAUCAAAAAAGCAAAACUGUGUUAUCGUAUUUAGUCACCAACAUGUCUUCCGACGAAGAAGAAGUUAUUGUCCCUAUUUUGUGGUCUUUGUUGAUAGAUAUCGAAAAGAAUGAAAAACAAAAAAGAAUGUGGGUUCAUCCUUUAAAUAUAAAACGUACAACAAAUAAUUUAAUUAAAUGUUUUUUAUGUGAAUUACGUAAUGACGAGCUAAAAUUUAAAAAUUUUACGAGAGUAAGUCCGGAAACAUUUGAUUACAUUUUGAAUAUAAUUUCUGAAGAAAUUCAAAAAGCUGAUACCAACUUCAGAAAGAGUAUCAAACCGGGAUGAACAAUUAUUAGUCACUUUGUGUUCAAGAUCAAAUUCACCAGACUACACAGUGUAGAAGUUCGCGUAUGCAGCGCAACAUAACUAUAACCAAUAUGGACACGAGUAUAGCUGAAACUUUUAGGGAUGGGACAGUUUUUGUAACCGGAGGUACAGGGUUUUUGGGGAAAAUACUUACUGAUAAAUUACUUAGAUCUUGUUCAUUGAAAAAAAUUGCAAUUCUUGUGAGAAGUAAGAAAGGAGUCGAUUCAAUUCAAAGAGUUGCAGAAAUUUACAAUCAAUCUAUGUUCGAUUGUCUUCGAAUUGAAAAGCCUGACUUCGUGACCAAGAUAAAAAUAAUUGAAGGAGAUUUGGAACAACCCUCACUAGGUUUAUCGUCAGAUAAUCGUGAGUGGUUGAUCGAAAAUGUGAAUUUCGUUUUUCACUGUGCCGCAACAAUAAAAUUCAAUGAAACUCUUCAUACAGCAACAAAAAUAAAUAUACAGGGAACAGAUAAUAUUUUAGACCUAGCAACGACGAUGAGAAAUCUUAAGGGUUUUGUACACGUAUCGACCGCUUAUUCACAUUGUCCGAGAAAUGUAAUUAAAGAAGAAUUCUAUCCUGCUCCGAUCACGGCAAAGGAGUUAAAAAAUAUGUCCAUUGACGAGAUGUCACGUGCAAACAUUUUAGAAAAUUGGCCCAAUACAUACACAUUUACUAAAGCAAUCACAGAAAAUAUGAUUUUGAACAAUGACAACCAAUUGCCGAUUUCCAUAUUUCGUCCAUCGAUUAUUGGAUGCGUCAAGUUAGAACCUAAUCCCGGUUGGUUGGAUAAUAUUAAUGGACCAUCUGGUAUAGUCACCGGAGUCAUAGCUGGAUUUUUAAGAACGAUACAGCUUGAUAAGAAUAAAAUCGCUGAUAUUAUUCCAGUUGAUUAUACAGUGAACGCAUUGAUCAGUGUUAUGUGGGAUACAGUUAACAGACAUCAACAUUCAAAUCAAACGAAAAAGGUCCCAAAAAUAUAUAAUUACGUUUCUAGUACUGAGAGCCCGUUGACAUGGGGUAGAUUUAUUAAAAAAAUGCACGGUCAUUAUUUUGAAGUUCCUCCGCUGCGAUCGAUGUGGUAUAUAUUUUAUAUUUUCUAUACCAAUUUACUAAUUGGCACAGUUCUGAGAAUUUUACUACAUAAGAUACCGGCUGCAUUAAUGGAUUUGUUAUUAAUUAUAUGUGGUAAACCUCCUAAAAUGUUGAAAAUGUAUGCAAAAACAGAAAAUAUGAUGGAUCUGCUUAAAGUAUUUACUACAAGACAGUGGUCAUUUGACAACGAAAAUACAAGAAAACUUUGGUUAUCAUUAAGUAAAGAAGAUCGUAACAUGUUUUGGUUUAGCUUGGAAGGAUUCAACUGGAAAGCUUAUAUACAAAUUUAUUAUUUUGGGAUCAGGAAACACAUACUUCACGAAGACCUGAGUAAUACAGAGAAGGCUAUAUCGAAAAAUAAAAAAUUAUUCUGGUUGCAUAAUUUGUGCAUUGUUCUUAUUAUUUAUCUCGUAAUACAAUUGUUGUAUUGUAUGUUUAUAAUGUAAUGCAUACCUAUACACAUAUAAAUCAUGAUUCUAUAAUACUUCUGCAGAUUAUUAUCAUAAAGCCAAACAGAUGACAUUUGAAAAUUUGAAAUGAAUAAAUGUUUAAUACAUCUUAAUUUUAUUUAGUUA